UUAUUGACCAAUCACGAUACCGAUUGCCAAGUAGACAAACAGGAAGUCAAGCCGCUAGCUAAUCAUGGGAUAACUUGUUGUUGAAAGUCAUCUCCAGUCUCAACGAUUAUUUUGUUGACAAUAGUUUGUACGUGAAACAUACAAGAUGACAGAUAUGUAAAUAAAGGUUGAUAUGGCGAUAAGGAAACUACCUCCAGACUCCAGACAUUUGGUCAAGCCCAGUAGUCAUGAACCCCAGUUCUCCCUGUGAGGGCCAGAGCCCUGAGGGUGACCCUCCAGACGAUUGGUUCCACCUUUCCACCAUGUCUCUGGGAACUCAGGGCUCUGAUGGAAGCCGGGAUGACCCAGAGGAACCUGAGGAGAGAGGCAGACUCAAGUCCAAGUUGGUGUCAGCAUGGAACAAUGUCAAAUAUGGCUGGACAUUCAAGUCAAAGGCCCGCUUCAGCAAGACCUCUCCUCUGACCAUGCUUGGACAGUCUUAUCUGCUCUGUCAUGGAGUGGAGAGGGAGUGCUUUCGCCGGGCCUUUGCCACUCUGCUGUGGCUGACGUACAGGCGGGGCUUCCCACAGCUGGAUGGUUCCUCUCUGACCACAGACAGUGGGUGGGGCUGCAUGCUGCGCAGUGGACAGAUGCUGCUGGCACAGGGCCUGCUGCUACACCUGCUGCCGCCAGGCUGGACCUGGGUCUCUGCCAACCAUGUUUCCAAAGAUGACAUGGAGGUACAGGAGUCUCGCUCCUUGGGUCCAGAGGUGACUAAGAAGGGAAGGAGGAGGAGCAUAGUGUCCUUCCUGGAGAGCCGGACUGAGGUCACUCACAGACGGGUGGUGUCCUGGUUUGGGGACCAUCCCAUCGCCCCGUUCGGGCUGCACCAGCUGGUGGAACAGGGCACAAGCUCAGGGAAGAAGGCAGGGGACUGGUAUGGCCCCUCCAUCGUAGCACACAUACUUCGUAAGGCUGUUGACGCAGCAUCAGCAGAGGUGUCCAAUCUGACAGUGUAUGUAGCACAGGACUGCACUGUGUACAUAGAUGACGUGGUGAGGCUGUGUGAGAGACCUCUAUCUGAGGGCUCCACAGGACCCAGUCCAGCCUGGAAGUCUGUCAUCAUCCUGGUCCCUGUGCGCCUGGGAGGAGAAGUCCUCAACCCAACCUACAUCAAAUGUGUCAAAAAUCUCCUGAGGUUAGAAUGCUGCAUUGGAAUCAUUGGUGGCAAACCCAAGCAUUCUCUGUUCUUCGUUGGGUACCAAGACGAACAGCUGUUGUACUUGGACCCCCACUACAGCCAGUCCACAGUGGAUAUCACACAGGAUAACUUCCCCUUAGAGUCGUUUCACUGCAAGUGUCCCAGGAAGAUCUCCUUCAGUCGCAUGGAUCCCAGCUGCACUAUAGGCUUCUAUGCCAAGAGCCAGAAGGAAUUUGAGUUACUGUGCUCAGCUGUUAGCACGGCUCUCUCAUCAUCAACAGAAAAGUACCCCAUCUUCACCAUUGCAGAGGGUCAGGGACAGGAUGGGGGGCAGGAGGAUGAGAGCGAUGCACCCCCAAACUCUAUCACCCACAUCCUGACCAAGGACAAGGCGAGGCUGAGAAGGACCAAUAACAGCAACAGCAUGGAUGAGUUUGUGUUAUUGUGAACUAAUGUAGCAGAUAUAAAAGUUCUAAGCUAGGUUGAAUUAGCUGUAUCCCUGAAAACUGGAACAUCUGGUUGUUGGCCACUCUGCUAAGGGUGCUGUGAACAGACUGACUUAAUGUGGCCAGCAGGGAACAUCAUUCACAUACCAACUCAUACACACGGUUACUGAACUGAGCUUUAUCAGUGGCAGCUACUGACAGGGGACAUGCUCCAGCAUUACCCUUUAUCCCCAACCUCCACAGGCAAUAACCAGGCUGGGUGAGGUGUUGCUGAAUAGAACAGGCCAAUGACACUAUUCUUGUGUAUUUAUUAGUUUGGGCUAAUUAUUUGUUUUAAGGGAAUGUGUUUUUAUGAAUGUAACAAUAUUUUUAAAUGAAGGUUUUUGUAUAAUUGUUUUUAAUUUUUAGUUCUUACGUUAAAUAACCUGCCUUCAACUUCGUUGUUUACUAUUCUACAUGAAGUCAUGGGUGAAUAUGCCUGGCUGAAAGACACUAACUGACCCUAUUUCCUCAUUGUGUAGAUAGGCUGCUCAUCCCGUAGUCCUUUCCACUACAACCUUUUGUUGAACUACUUUGUCCAGCAUUAGACUCAAGACAAUCUGGGCCCUGAGCUGCUGUUUGACGUCAUGUGACAGGAUGUCUGCUCUGUGAAUGGAUUAGGAAAUCAGAUUCCUUAGACCUUGUGACGUGCACAUGGAACCGGUGAAGGAAUCAAUUUGUCUUCUUAGAUGUGUUGGUUUUAUGUGGUUGAGUGGGGAGAGUAUAAAAUAAUAAUUUCAAUUAAGAGGCACAUUCUGAGCAAUAUGGGGUUGCAUUUGACCUGUUUUCGGAAUUAAUAUUUUUUACAUGGAAAAUGAGUGGCACAAUGCACUCAAUAAAAGCUCAGUAAAAAAAAAAAAAAUCUCACUCAACGUCAUCAGACUGAUUUAGUUUAGGCCAUACAAAUUUGAAUUACAUGUUUAACGGAUACCCUGCAGUGCUUCUACAUUGCUUGUUAUUUGGGGUUUUAGGCAGGGUUUCUGUAUAGCACUUUGUGACUUGCUGAUGUAAAAUGGGCUUUAUAAAUACAUUUGCUUGAUACCCCUCUUCAGUUUUCUCCCCACCCAAAAAAUCUGAACAUUUUACUGAAAAAUGUAACGAUUAUAGCUAAAAUAAUGUCCUCAAGCUUCUAGUAAAGAGAGACACCACUUCCUCUCGGAUUAUGGCUGAACUAUGCCUCUUAGCUUCCCCAAAAGGCUAACAUCUCUUGAUUAGGUCGCUAGGAGUUGAAUUAAGGUCGUUAUAGUAUUUUAACAAAGUCUACAUUUAAAAAAAUGUUAGUAUUUCUGGUUUAUUGGAAAAAUACAUCAAAAGCAGAAAUCCUGAGCGGUGUAGUAUCUAAAAGGGAAAGUGCUGCACAUUAGUCCGUAGGUAUGGACCUCAUGUCAUGGCCUACUGCUGGAAAUACAGGUGAGAGUGGUACUGUAGCUCAGGCAGCACUAGUCGCACACAGAGCCCCUCUUCCUGCAGAGUCAGGUUCCCUCGUAUCCCAGGAUGGUGACUGUGUCGGUCUGCCAGGGCCUGACCAGGUCCUCCAGCUCACCAGGGGGCACUCCUCCUCUGGCCACACACUUCUGUCUGAGCCUCUGUGUGGAGGCCCUCAGUAGGGCCACCUCCCUUUUCAGUCUCCCCAGGCCAUACUGCUCAGCUUUCUCCCAGAACACCUGCAGAAAUAAGUUGUAGAGCAGCACAUCCAAACUGUUCCAGGCCCAGAGCCUGGCCUUGGUGUCCUCCUCUAUCGGGGUGAUGUCCGAGGGGGUGCGGACGUUCAGGUGCACAUAGGCCAGCUCCUCAGGCUCCAGCUGCAGCAGAGCCCCCAGCGAUCAUCACCAGCUGGAAGGCCUCCUCCAGCUGAGUCAGCUCCAUGGGCCAGGAUGCGUUACACUCUUGGCUGCUGAGGCCCAGGUCAAAGCUCAUAGGGUUCCUGGCUAGGCCAUUCCCAGGUUCUGUAGGGUCCCAGUAGGACUCUGGGGCCUCCAGGAAGACAGAGGGCUGACUUCCUGUUAGCUGUGUCAGCUGCCUUUUUGGCUAGAGUGAAGGCAGGUACAGUGGAAGUGUAGUAGCUGAAAACGGACUCAAAGGUCUGUAGAGGAUCACGCAGCAGGGUGAUGUAGAUAGUGUUUUUGGGCAUCACCUGUUUCAGCUGUCCCAGGUCCAGCCACAUGUGGCUGCAGAGCAUGUCGAACUGAGAGGAACCCGGUGGCAGCUUAUCUACAAAGUCUGCUCGGAACCUGGAGCCAUAAGGACGUUAAAGCAGUGAAAGUUAUCUGCAGUUAAUAUCCACCAAAUGGAGGGGCUCCAAAUGUACCAGAGACCUGACAGUAAACUUGAUAAUCUGAACAUUGCAAUAGAACAUAUCUACUCAUUAGAUGAAUAGAGGUAACCGUAUCUUACAGGAGGAAGGAGGUUCAGACACCCAAUCUGCAGCAUCAAAGAGACCCCAAUGGGUACACUUUUAUGAGGACAAGGAGGAGCCCUCCACCUGUAGCUUUCCUCAAAACACACAAGACUGGAAGCAGCACUGUCCAGAAUCUGAUGUUCCGCCUUGGGGAGAAGGAGAACCUCACUUUCGCCUUCCCCUAUUACGCAUACCAGUUCAGCUACCCAGAUAGUUGUCGUGCCCAUACCUAUCUCCUGUUAGGGGCAGUGUGGGAUGGGACGAGGGUGUUUGGAGGAGCAUUGUCGGAAAGUGCUCCCCUCUCCUCCACCUUAUGGCCCUUGUGCCCACCAUAGUGGCUUUUGAAACAGGAAAGAGAGGAUUUCAACAGACAUCUAGGUAAACAAAGUCUCAACAGAACUUAUGCAGCUUAGCUGUAUGCCAUGACAAAGAACUCCUCAUUAAUCAAUUCUGUAUUUAAAAGGUUUUUUAAUCUGUACUGCAUUUACACAAAUAUAUGUAGUGUUUCUCUGGUACAUUUUCACAAUAACCACUGAGCUAAAUCUAUUAGUUUUACCACCACCUACAGACUGCAUAAUGGUGUGGGGAGAAAGAGAGCGACAGACUGUCCCUUACCUUGGAUGCUGCAAUGACUGAGUAGCCAGGAGCAUGAGUAACAAGGUGACACACAAAGCCAACAGGAGACCCAUCACACGGUGUCUCCAAAGUUGGGUGGACAACCAGCAGAGGGUCAUCUCCUUUCUGUGGCCCACCCGAAACACUUUCCUCUGGAACCUUCUUCCCUCCUAGCAUGGUAAAUAGGCUCUGGGACUUUGAAGGUGAGACUGGGUUCCGGAGCUUAAAGAGAGACCUGACCUCCCCCUCUCCCCCUCUAAAGAGAGACCUGACCUCCCCCUCUAAACUCGCUCAGCGAGACGUCACGCAGCCAGCCAGCAACUCUCCAGCCAAGAAGCCAUGAUUGAGUUUUUGACUUACGUAAGAUUUGAGAAUGUCUAUUCUCAAGCUUUGCUGCUGUAAACAGUCAUGUAAGGUGCAACUGCAAUAUGACAAGGCUAAUGUCCUUAUUCACAUGUUAUGAGCAGCAAUCCGUUUUUGUAUAUUAGGGAUGCCAAAUACUAAAAGCUAAAUUGGACAAGAGACAAGGACAUUAAGGAAAACAAAUAAAUUAGAUACAAUUAAAAUAAAUAAGAACAGAAAAUUCCACAACACAAAGAAUAGUAAAACCACCUAGGCCUAAAUCAAGGUGUGCAACAAUGAAAAUGUAUUUUAAGAAUAGCCAACACAUCUACAAACAAGUUAAUGACACCCUUGUUUUUAUGGUAUUUCACUAUUGUCUGAUAUGACUGUGGCAAACACAUUGACAGUGCUAUUCAUUGAAAGGAAGGGUCUGAUGCUGGAGGGGGCGUUGCUUUCCUCAUCAACCCUUAAUGUGCAUUUUCAUUCAAUUGGUUAAAAUGCUACAUGUCAAGAUACUAUUGGCUCAUAAUAAAACCGGUGAUAAACGGGUAAACCUUACCCUCCUGUGAGCAGGCCAUGUUCAUUACAAAAACGUUGCAGAUAGAAAUGCCAUGACUAGAGCAGGCCUGAUUCUAUACACUAAAGAGGUAGCUAUGUUUGUUCUACAUCAUACAUUUCUAUCUGAACGUUGGCCAAAAUUUUGAAUGAACAAGCUACAAGAAACACUCAAACUGGACAGUUUUAUCUCAAGCUCUUCAUUCAAAGACUCAAUCAUGGACACUUACUGACAGUUGUGGCUGCUUUGUGUGAUGUAUUGUAGUCUCUACCUUCUUGCCCUUUGUGCUGUUGUCUGUGCCCAAUAAUGUUUGUACCAUGUUUUGUGCUGCUACAAUGUUGUGUUGUCAUGUGUUGCUGUCUUAGAUCUCCCUUUAUGUAGAGUUGUCUCUCUUGUUGUGAUGUGGGUUUUGUCCUAUAUUUAUAUUGUAUUUAUUUGGUAUUUUUAAUCCCAGGGCCCGUCCCCGCAGGAGGCCUUUUGGUAGACCGUCAUUGUAAAUAAGAUAUUUUUUCUUAACUGACUUGCCUAGUUAAGGGUUAAAUAAAACAAUUUAAAAAGUUUUGUCCUGAUGAACGCGGUUCCAGUGGUGCGCGACUUCAGGAUUUUUGGAGUCGACUCCGAAUCCUGUGAUUGGAGUCGAAAUGAAUCGCCACUUACUCGACUCCGACUCUUGUGGUUGGAGUCGACUCUUGCUCAACUCCAAAAACACGCUGAAACGGAUGCACACACACAUACGCACCACAUUAUUGCAGUCCUACUAGGAAGAUAAGUGUGUGUUUGGUCUUCGGUCUGUUGCGUGUAGAAUAGCUCAGCCUACUCAUUGAUAGCCCUUUCGUGAAUUUGCGCGAGACAUUACAAGGCAAGCAAUUGUGAAAUACAGCAUUGCAAUAGCCCACAUAUUUUGAUUACCGAUGCACAGUUCUGCCUGCUGGCGGACAUGCCUGGCUGUGCCCCUCCCAUCUCCCCCUCGCUCUUUCUUUGCGGUGAAAUAUACGAGAGUUUGUGUUCUACGGGAAAUUGUUUCCUCCAUUGCAAAAAUACUGAAUCUUAGGAGUCGAAGCUUGACACUAAGAAAAGGGAGUCGACAGGCAAGGAGUCGAGGAAUCGAUAAUCCACCACUACCCAGUUCUCUCCGUGGUUCUAUCUAGUCCCUAUGCAUUUAAUUUCAAUAACCUGUAUUAUCAUAUUUUGUUUUACUGUAAAGUGGACUGGUACAUAUUCCAAACUACAAAACAGCACCUUUGGUUGUGGUUAUUAAACGAGUUAAUAUAGCUAGUGUUGAUAACGUUCAAUGUUUUUUUGACAUUGCAUUUUUCUAUCUGAAUAAAAUGUCCAUGUAAACAGA